AUGACCGUCCCCCAAACAACUUGUCAUAACCACCCCACCGGCAGUGGUGUUGACGGCCAAUCGGCGGCUACUGUCCCUGCCCUUCCUGCCGAAUUGCUUUUCAAAGCUUUUGAGCAUCUCAAUGUCAACGACCUUCGCCGCAUUGUCAAGGUCAACUCCUUCUUCAGGCUGGUCGCCCAACCCUUGACGUAUCGCCAUGGCGUCUUCACCCAAUUCGGACCUCUCUUCCCCGGUGCCAACAAUGCUGCUCCUUUCCUCAAGAACCCCAACAUCGACAGUCCUCAUCUCACCGAAGACGAGCAGCACCUCCUCGCCUCUCGAGUGCGCCGCCUCGACGUCUCUCUUCACUCCUCAGAGAUGUGCCGUGCUUUCUAUUAUCUCAUCCCCAACAAGCUCAAGUUCGAUCUCGAUGUGCUGAGCAUGUCGCUCAAAGGCUUUGGGUGGUUCCGGAGCGACGACGAGUGGGAUUAG